GAGUCGUCCCCUCCCGCUCGCUGGCUCUCUCGCUCGAGCGAGCGAUGACGGGGAGAGGCGCUCGAGGGCGAGGGCGAGGGGCGAGUGCAAAUGCGCAUCGGCUGGCCUGACGCUCACUGCACCGAGAAAUCGCGCACCGAUGAUACGGGCAGAAAUCGAGGCAGGCUCAAUUACGGCACAAUCUGCCUGCAGAAUUCGAGACCAGGUGUUCCAGCAUGCGCAAUUGCUCUUCUGCCUCGACGCACGAAUUGUGUGACCAUCCCGGCUCCUGCCUCUGCCUGUCGGCCUGCCUGCCUGCCUUCCUUGCUUCCAUCUCUCCCCGAGACCGGCAUAGCUCGCGACGUAUUUCUUGGAAGGCGAAAACGACGAGGCUGAGGAGGCUGAGGCUCCCGCUGGCGCUGCGGGCCUUGUCGCUCUGACGCAGGCUCAAAAGUUCUGCAGCUGUACCGCAGCGUUCGGGAGGCGGAGCAUAUUGCGCCCAUUGCAUUGCAGAGAGGCGCGAGCACUCCUCCUGACUGCAGGGCAGGCUCCUCCCCGACAGCCGAGGAGCGAGCGAGCCAGCGAGCUGGCGAACGAGCGGGCGAACGACUGCUCAGCUGCCUUUCUUCCUUACAACACGCGGGCAGGAAGUACGAAAUGGAAUGAGGAUCCAGAAUCGGAGCUGGUCUCAGGACACGCCGAUGCUGGAUGUGGAGUGAUUAGUGAUCUCACGCCGAUGCUGAUCAGAGCGCUAUCGCGGGCCCGCCAAAAUCUUUCACCCCCGGCACCGUAAUUCGAAUCUGUGCCCUGACAUCACCUUUCAGAAGCAGCAGCCAUGUUGAAUAGGAUUAUGAAGGGAAUCGGCAACCCUUUGUCGAACAGACAACAAAUCAACAUGGUGUUGCAAAGAUUGUCUGCCGUGACGGGGCUGCCUUCAUCAAUCAGUCGGAAUUGGCGCCACAUUGCUGUUCGAACUUUCCCUCUAAUCAUCGGAGCUAUGGCACUAACAACGACGCUGCUCUUUGGCUCCUUCUUAUGGGGAUACAUCUCGCGGAAAACGAAGCACUCGCGUGAGAAGCCUGUUCCUUUUAAAGACCUUUACCCGCACGCAAGCCACAAGCCAAAUACUGUCAUCACGGUGCAUGACUUCAGCAAACCCGUGGAGCCUCCGUCGCCACUCGUCAGCGAGUUCGACAACAACACGUACUUUGACGCUUUGGUGUUCGACCCGGAGCACGACUACGCUCAGGUGCUGGCGGAGGCGCGGACGCAUGCGGCGACAACGAUGUCCAUCCCGGCGAACCCCGCGGCGGUGGCCCACAGCAGCAGCAGCGGCGGCAGCUCCAAGGCGCCGUGGGUGUCGAGGUCGCACAGCGCCAGGCACCACAACCCUUUCCUGGAAGAUCUGGAGGCCAUGUUUCCGCAGCACAAGGACUCGCGCGCAGCAGGAGGAUUAGGAGCAGCAGUGCACGACAGAUUCCGGAGCGGCGGCAGCAGGUCAUGGAAGAAGCUCAUGUUCUGGAAGAAGGGCAAGAAGGUUGGCAGCAGCGGCGUGGUGGAAUUCGAGCUGGGCAGCGGCGUGCUGAGCAGCUGCGCGACGCCGUUGCAUCACGCGUUCAAGUCGAAGAUGCGAGCCACCGUGACGCCCACCGGCGGCAACAACAGCACCACGGGCAGCAGCAGCAGCGCAGGCUCGCACCAUCGCACCAAGAGGGCCAUCUCGGGCCCGGUCUACAGCGAUGGCAUCCCGUACAUCCCCGCCAGCCGAGCCGGGCGCCCAUGUUCGGGCCCUCUCAGUGGCUCGUCCACUCCGUCGCGCGAGGGAUUGUACGAGUCGCCAUACAUGGCCUUGAAGAAGCCUGGCAAUGGCGCUGGCCUCGGCUCGGGCUUUGUUGGUUCCACUAAAAGCCCGUCCGGCCCUCUCUACGUUACUUGAACCCGCCCUCCUCCUCCUCCUCCUCUCCUCCUCCUUGUACAGCAAGCAGGCUUGACACCUAGCCCCAUGCAGCAGAUGCAUGAUUGAUUGAUUGCCCGAUCGAUCGAGGGAUCUCGCUGGUCUCGAUCUUGCUCGCUUGGUUCUCUCGCAUACAAAUCUCGUGCAGCAGGCAGCUCCGUCUCGCAUUUCGCAUCGCUAAUCAUUCUGUACUGUGUACGUCGAACCCGAGAGUCCGGUCGGUCAGACGUCGAAGCCCCAGCCAUGACGAUGGUGCUGUGGGCUCCUCGCAGCUCGCAUGACCCAGUCUCUAGCUAGCUCUCUUGUGUACGUCUUAUGGUGAGCAAGAAUCGGCCAGCCAGCCAGCAAAACCAACGACAAGUGCCGCAGUUUUGAUCAGGUUGAGGUCUGGCGGACUGUGAACUGUCUCCGGGUGAAACUGGUUCUCUUCUGGUGAGGAGGGAAGCUCAUCCUGCCGCUGCCGCACCCACAGACGCUGCCACCCUUCGUUGCUUCAUUUCUCCGUUCUCAAACUGGAACUGGCGAUGAGCAGGGAGAGCUAUCUAAAUGGUUUUGCGUACUUCACUCAAUUUUGUAGUAUUAGGUUUCUUUAACAAUGUCGAAUGGUCAGGACCCCACAGACAGGUGAACAAUCUACAUGCUGUUGAAGUGGUGGCUUUUUACGUCCCGCUAUGGGCUGCUGUAUAAUGCAAAUUGAAAUAUUCUUUUGUUACGCUCACGAAGAGCCUUUCGACUGUGCAACACACUUAAUCUCGUGCCAGCAGAACAAGCAGCUUGCAUUUGAUCUGUUCACG